ACUCUGUCCUUAACCUCCCUGACCUUUUUGUUCACCAAAACAACAAUGCCCACACACACUACUAGUAGUUGCUUACCUUCUCUCAUUUCCAUUCCAUUCCUUUUCAUAACCUAAUUAAUACAGUACCCCAUUCUUCAAUUCACACCAUUAUCCAUCUCACCAUCACUAAACCAAUUCAUGGCCACUUUCCUUCAUCUUUUCUUCACAUUUUCUCUCUUCAUUUCUUCAAUCUUUGCACUCAACAAUGAUGGAGUUCUUUUACUAUCUUUCAAAUACUCUAUUCUUUCUGACCCACUUUCAGUUCUUGAUACUUGGAACUAUGAUGAUCCAACUCCAUGUUCAUGGAAAGGUGUAACUUGUGAAUCUUUUUCCGGGUCUUUUAUGGUUACUACUUUAUCGCUUCCUGAUUCCCAACUUCUUGGUUCCAUUCCUCAAGAUUUGGGAAUGAUUCCAUACCUUCAUUCUCUUGAUCUCUCUAAUAACUCUUUAAAUGGUAGCUUACCACCUUCCCUUUUCAAUUCUUCUAAACUCGAGUCCAUUUCUUUAUCUUCAAAUGUCAUUUCUGGCAACUUCCCAGAUUCAAUAACUAAUUUGCUUAGUCUAAAGUUUCUAAAUCUUUCUGAUAAUGCAUUUUCGGGUAAGUUGCCAAAUAGUCUAGCCACGUUGAAGAACCUAACUACCAUUUCUUUGAAAAAUAAUUAUUUCUCUGGAAGUAUUCCUGGUGGAUUUGAUUAUGCGGAGGUACUAGAUUUGUCUUUCAAUAUGUUCAAUGAGACUCUCCCACUUGAUUUUGGUGGCGAGAGAUUGCGUUAUUUGAAUCUUUCAAAUAACAAACUUUCGGGUUCUGUUCCAUCUGAAUUCGCCGAAAAAGUAAAGAGUGAUGCAACUAUUGACCUCUCGUUUAACAACUUAACGGGCGAAAUCCCUCAGUUGUUACCGUUAGCCCGACAAAAAACAGAGUUUUUCGCGGGGAAUUUGGAUUUGUGCGGAAAACCAUUAAGAAAUAUGUGUACAAUUCCUUCGUCUUUAUCAGCUCCCCCUAAUGUUACUUCAAAUGGCUCUGCCUCGGCUGCAAUAGCAGCCAUUCCAAGAAAUAUAGACCCGUCGCCUUCCACGUCUUCAUCAACCAACCCCGGGCCAGCAUCUAGUCAUGGUGGCCCGAAAGUCAAUCCAACUAAAAUAGCAGCCAUUGUGGCUGGUGAUUUAGCUGGUAUUGGUCUUCUAGCCAUUCUUUUUCUCUACGCAUACAACUUGCGUAAGAAAAAGAUGUACAAGAACCAAGACCAGAAUGAAAACCCUAAACCCGAAACCUUAAACCAGGAUACCAAGAUAACCAAAAACAUUUCCACCCCAACCAGAGCCCAGUCUACAACAUGCUCAUGUUUUGAAAGAGUCACUAGGGACGAGUCGUCAGAAGUAGGGACAGGGUCCGAUAGUGAUCACGAAAACAGUAGUCUUACUAUCGACUUGAAGGAUGGAGAGAAUGAUAAACAAAAGUCUUUGGUGAUGGUGGAUGGUGAGACAGAACUCGAAAUGGAGACAUUGUUGAAGGCUUCAGCUUAUGUGUUGGGGACAAGUGGCUCGAGUAUUGUCUACAAGGCGGUGUUGGGUGGCGGUAGAGAUGGUGGAGGGACGGCGUUUGCUGUUCGUAGGAUCGGUGAGAGUGGAGUGGAGAGGAUGAGGGAGUUUGAGAAUAUAGUAAGGAUUAUUGCUAAGCUAAAACAUCCAAAUUUGUUGAAGGUUCGAGGGUUUUAUUGGGGUGAAGAUGAAAAGCUUGUUAUAUAUGAUUAUGUAUCUAAUGGAAGCUUAGCUGCUGCUGGUUACAAAAAGGUCGGUUCAUCUCCAUGCCAAUUACCUUUUGGGGUUCGACUCAAGAUAGCAAAAGGGAUCGCUAUGGGGUUAGCGUAUGUUCACGAAAAGAAACAUGUACAUGGCAAUAUAAAACCAAGCAAUAUCCUCUUGACACCGGAAAUGGACCCAAUUAUAAGUGAUUUCGGCUUAGAAUGGCUCAUAUUUGGUAAACACAACAAAACCAAGGGGUCAAACCGACAUUUUGGUAGCAAGCGAUCAAUAUCAUCACGUGAAGAAUUGAUGAUCCAUCAUGAUUAUCAUCACUCGGCUAGUAGUAGUCCUUACAUGGCUCCGGCUACAGGCUUACUUGGGUGCACAUCUCCCUACCAUGCACCAGAGUCGAUGAAAAGCCUAAAAGCCAACCCAAAAUGGGAUGUUUACUCAUUUGGGAUUGUGUUGCUUGAGCUCAUAUCGGGGAAAGUGUUCUCAGAGAGGGAAUUAGGACUAUGGAAUGCUAGUUCAUCAACUAUGGACGAUGAGAGCUCAAUCUUAAGGUUAGCAGACUUGUGCAUCAGAACGGACACUGACGGCAGACGUGAUGCAACACUUACAUGCUUCAAACUAGGGUUUAGUUGUGCAUCAUUGAACCCACAAAAAAGACCUUCAAUGAAAGAGGCAUUGCUAAUACUUGAAAAGAUACCAUCUUUAUCUUUUCAAUGAUGAACUAGGCACACAAAAGCCCAAAAAGUAACAAUUAGAAUGAAAAGGGAUUUAAAGGGCAUAACUUUGGGCCUUUUUGACUUGGAAAUUUUGUAUCAAAAUGAAGAUCCAAGAGAUGAUUGAUGAAUGUUGAUAUUUAAUUCAAAAGCAUUGUAUGUUUUUUACCUUUUGAUUAAUAAAAGUAGCAUGCAUACCUUAAGUUA